AUGCCUCGGCCAGCAGAGCGGCAGGUUCGGGUGAUUUGGUUGCGUUUACGCUUCUCUCCUGUCCGCAAGCGCUCUCGUCGUUCCGUGCUGAUCGUAGCGCGUGUCUCGAUUGCGAUCGUGCACCACUGUACUGCUCGAAACAAAGCUUUCGAGGCGAGAGAAACGGAGAGCAAGUGUAUUUCAGCAGUUCCUUUUGGCGUAUAGACAGAGACGGGAACAGCAUGGCGACCACACUAGCACGAGCAGUGCAACGGACUACAACUGCGGCACCUUUGGCCUUGACGCACAAGGGCCGGCCCUUGGUGGCAGCGGUGGGCUCACACGCCUUGAGCAGAAGCAGCUCCUCUAGUGCCUCUGACAAGGAGAAGGAGUCGUACACGGCACGGCAGGCGAGGACGGGUAGGCCGGUGUCGCCCCACGUGACCAUCUAUGACUUCCCCCCGGCGGCGCUCUCGUCCAUCGCGAACCGCGUUACUGGGGUCGCUCUCGUGGCCGGGCUGUACGGAAUCUCUGGAGCUACCCUCGUUGGAUGCGAUGCCGCCGGCCUCAUGAGCGCUCUAGGCUCUUCAGGGGUUGGUCCAGCGGUGAAGCUGGCGGUGUCGUUCCCGCUAGUGUACCACUACCUCGGGGCCGUAAGGCACACGGUGUGGGAUUACAUGCCGGAAACUCUGCAGACGGCCGGCGUGGCCAAGACUAGCUAUGCACUGCUUGGCGUCUCCGGAGCCGUUAGCCUUGGUCUGGCAGCGGUGUAACUCCCAGCAGCAACAGUCUGUACCCACCCGUGUAUAGACAUUUUUUCAAGGGUUAUCAAAUCGUCGUAUGCAUACUUGCCAUGGCUGUCUUUCUGCAGAAAGUCAAUUUUUUGUACAGUAUAAUACCUGUAGUGUGUUUGAAGGAUAAAGAUGGUGGUGUCGUUUUGUAGCGAGGGGCACGAAAGGGGUUCAUCCUGCGAGGAUGCUCGUGUGCACGUGUGUGCUUGCACGUGUGCACGUGUGCUUGGCAAGGAAGCUGUCUGUUGGGUAGCGCGUUGUGUCGCUGGCCAGGCUAGUGGUUGCGGGGUCAAGAGCCGUCCUCGUAGUUACUGUCGUUGCUGAUGUGCAAGUCGAGUCGUGGCCUGCGUGACAGGAUCUAGCCGCUUGAUGACCGCAAUAGGACCGCCAAUAUUCGCGACGGCUACGGGAGCGCGGCUCUGUAGAGGCCGCGGCAGGUGUACUACAUAGAUAGGGCGGGACGCAUUGCUGCCGGAUGGGUUGCGCACAUCUGUAGCACACGGCGGAACCGGGAAUGGCCGUUGAAUGAUGGCUCCAAGACAGCAAAGCAGAGCAAAAAUUUUGGUUUGAUCCAGAGACCCAUGGU